GGUAAGGGCAUGUUUCAUGACUUUAGUAAAAUGACCAAUGUGAUCAUUUAUUCAGUGUAUGAUAGCUCAUGUGUGUUGUCUGUUAUUUCUGCUUCUUUAUGAUCAUGCUUUAUUUAAUGAAAGAAGGGGAUUUUCUGGGAGUAUCAAAAGAAAGGGGACAUGGAAUGCCAAGAUAAGGCGUCUUAUCAUCCAAUUCAGAAAAUCACUCGUUAUUUCACAUUACGUUUGCUUGCUGAAAGAAAGACAUUCCCUUCCCCAUACUUGGGAUUAUUUGUUGAUCCCGAGAAUAAUAAUAAUAAGCGAUCUCUUAUAUUUAUUUUGAAGCUUUCGAAAAAAAAAAAGAAAAAAAGGCGGCAAAUUCAAAACUGAGC